GGAAGCAGCCGCCCGGGAGAAGCCGGCAGCGAUGAACGGGGAACCCGGGGAGAUAUCCUUAGCGCCCCCUCCCGGGGAGGUCGAACCGGGCAGUGGGGUCCGCAUCGUGGUGGAGUACUGUGAACCCUGCGGCUUCGAGGCGACGUACCUGGAGCUGGCGAGUGCCGUGAAGGAGCAGUAUCCUGGCAUCGAGAUUGAGUCGCGCCUGGGGGGUACAGGGGCCUUUGAGAUCGAGAUCAAUGGACAGCUGGUGUUUUCCAAGCUAGAAAAUGGGGGCUUUCCUUAUGAGAAAGAUCUCAUUGAGGCCAUCCGAAGAGCCAGUAAUGGAGAACCUCUAGAAAAGAUCACCAACAGCCGUCCUCCCUGCGUCAUCCUGUGACUGCACGCGGUUCUGGGGUCCAAGUCUUGGUCUCCCUUUCGGUCUUGAUUGGGGUUCCCCCCUCCCACGUCUCCCUCCCUCCUUACUGAGCUCCUGGUAGCUAAAAGAGCCUGACCUCCACUUUGCGCCUUGGAGCUCCAAGGGGGAAUAGAAGCUUCUGUGGUCUUGGGGAUGGGAGAGGGACUCUCCCCACGGACAUUUCCACUGACACCUUAUACGUCCUUCCCAGGAUCAGUGCCCACACAAGUCCAGUCCCCGCCCCAGCUUGGCAAUACUUCUCAGAUGCUACUGUAGUUCUAAUUUAUUCUCCUCCAGCCUGGGCAGUGUCAGCUGUUGGCAAUAAAG